AUGAGCAGUAUUAAUAUUUCUUACGCUGCCGCUGCCAAGUCCCUCACCGAGGAACAGGUCAAGGAACAGGUCAAGGAUUCUUCUUGCAACUCCACCAACCUUCAGGAAAAGAAGGAAACCACUGCAUCAAGCAACGCCAGCCAUGAUGAGUCCAGCAAUGGCGCAAGUGCCGCUGCUGCGGCGGCGAACAACAAUGCCACGGCACCAAAGCCCACUUCAUCGCCAUCUUCAUCUUCCUCGCCUUCGUCGUCAGCCAGUAUCAAGUCUUUGUCAAAGCCAAAUUUAGCUCCAGCACCAAUACCCACAACUUCUGUAUGGGGCUCGAUAUCCAACGACAUUGGCGAAUUGAAAAUCUCCGAUAAUGCCAAAACUCCAGUCUUGGGUGAACAGUCGCCGUCUUCCAAGGUUUCUCAACCGAAAAAAUUUAUCAAGCAAAACACCACUAAAUGGGUUCCUCUCGAUGUUAAUGUGACAUUGCAGUCGAGAACUCCCGGUGGCCAGAAGGCGAGAAGCAAGAAGAGAAACAAUGGUGCUGCAUCCUCCGCCGGUAGUGGUGCCCCAAGAGACCAGACUGGCAAACCAAGAUCAGCUGGUGGUAAAAAGAAGGACGAAAACAAGCCAAACCAUGCAUCAAAUGAAGAAUCAUCUGCCCGGUCAAAUGGAAGUAGCAAAGAAGAGCAAGAUGCCGGUGCUGGUUCUGUUCCAGUUGCAGCUUCGAAUGAUUUGAAAGAAGCCACUGAAAAGGAAAACAACGAAAAAGAAAAGGAAAAGGGCAAGGGCAAGGAGGAAAACUUUAAGCCCGCUAAUGCAGAACAACAAGAUGCCAACGCUUCAGCAGAAGCAGAAGAGUCCUUGGAAAUGAACAAUGACCAGGAAUCAACAACUCAAAAAUCGCAAUCUUCUGAGGAUAGUGUUGCUUCAGCCACUCAAACUCAACAAGGUCAAAACCAAAACCAAAACCAAAACCAAACCCAAACUCAAACCCAAAACCAGAACCAGAACCAGAACCAACAACCUCAUAAACCUUAUAACAACAAUAACAACAACAGACGUUAUAAUCCAAACUACAAUGGAUCUUCUAAUGGAUACGCAAAGAGGUAUAACAAUAAUUCAAACUACAAUCCCAACUACCAAGGCCAACAACAAUCGUAUGCACCACGUCCAUAUAGACAGCAAAGCUACAAAAACAACAGAUACAACAAUCAAAAUGGUUCUUCAGCGCCAAACCAACCUCAUUUCAACCCUCACAACUAUACCAACUAUGUUGCACCAAUGUAUUAUAUGCCCAUGCAAGUUCCUCCUCCCUACCUAGCUCAAAACCGCUCUGCUGCCGCUGCUGCUGCUGCUGCUGCCAUGCUUGCUCAACAACAACAGCAUCAGCAUCAAACCCAAUUCCCUCAACAUUUCCAGAAUCAUCACCACCAUCAUCAUCAACAACAACAACAACAACAACAACAACAACAACAACAACACCAGCAGCAGCAGCACCACCACCACCACCACCAACCACACCAGCCAUACCAACAACAACAACAACAACAACAGCUGCAUCCACAUUCAUCGUCAGUGUCAUCAGCCACUAGUAGCACUAGUGGGUCAGCGCCACCUCCAAUUUCGCCGCAGCAGAACCCACAAGAAGCAUUAAUUCACCAGUUGGAAUAUUAUUUCAGCGAUGAAAACUUGGUUAAAGAUUUCUUUUUGAGACAAAACAUGGAUUUGGAAGGUUGGGUUCCAUUGGAAUUGAUCUUGAGUUUCAAACGAGUCAAAAUCAUCACUAAUCAAGGUGGUAUUGACAUGGAUGAAGUUUUGAAAGAAUGCAAAAACGUUGAAGUCAACCAGGAAGGUAACAGGAUAAGGCGUGCGCAGUAA